AGUGAAUUUCCUCACAUGGCCCAGUUCUCCAGUCUGUCUCCCAUCCCUGGCUUCUCCUUAUGGCUACAAGGUGCUCUCGGUCAGCACAAGAAGGAGGGACGUGCCAUAGAGCUCCUGUCUGAGCAGGAGUGGAGGGAGGUGGAGGAUGUGACGGGAGCCGCCCCCGGUGCCCCAGCUCUGGAGGCCCUGCGUAGGCUCAUCAGCACCAGCGAGUGGAUCCGCUCCGACCGCCUUGUCCGCGCUCUGGAACCUGCGCUAAUGCGGCUCUGCACCUGGUAUCUGUACGGAGAGAAACGGCGGGGCUACGCCCUAAACCCUGUGGCCAACUUCCAUCUUCAGAACGGCGCCACCAUGUGGAGGCUGAACUGGCAAGCGGACACAAGCCCGCGAGGGAUCGCCAACUCUUGCGGCAUAAUGGUUAAUUAUCGCUACUUUUUACAAGAGACCAGCACUAACAGUGCCGCCUACCUGCAGAAUAAAGUCAUCAAGGCUUCGGAGCAGGUGCUGGGACUGGUGUCGCAGUUCCAGAAGAACAGCAAACUCUGAGUCAAAUCUGUGGCUCUGCAUUGGGACAAAAUGUGUUGGGACUCAAAUAAAUUUUUAUCAUUUUUGAUAACUCUGAUCUGCACAGGGUGGACAAACACAAUGAAGAUUUAAACAAGCCUUAUGUGGAUCUACGGCUGAAACCAGCAAGCCACAUUUCAUUGUUAGUUCAGAGAUGGACAGUUGUACUCUGCCUUUCUGAAAGAUAAUAAUCCAAUAAAUCCAAUUUUAAAGGGAUAGUUCACCCCAAAAUGAAAAUUCUGGCAUCAUAUACACACACACCCUCAAGUUGUUCCAAACCUGUAUGACUUUCUUUCUUCCUUAGACAAUCGUCCUGCAGCUUUUUCAUCCAGCAGCAGUUCACAAUGACAACAUAAUGUCAUAGAUAAAACAUUAUUAAAAGUAUUAAAAUAGUCCAUAUGAUUUAUCCAUUAUAUUCUGUGAAGCCAUACAACAUUUUGUGAAGAAUAAAUAGAAAUUUAAAUAAUUAUUUGCUCUCAAAUUGUUCAUGCAAAUCGUUUAUGAAUAUUUAGCAGUUAGCACUUCUGGCACAGGUUUGAUGUCAUUACGUGCAAGAACCAAUGACAUUUGAUGCUAUUGGUGCCCAACCUGAAUAUUUGAUUUGUGAGCAUUGAUGACUUAAAUAGCUUGUUUUAUAAUAUUAAGCUAUCUUAAGAAUACUUUAAGUAUAGUACACAAGUUAUACGGACCACUUUCUUUUAUGAACUUCAUCACUACUGUUGUAUAUGUAGUACACAUAUAUAACUUGACUAUAGCCUAUAUU